UUCCAGCCGUGUCCCCGCCCCCAACCCCGGAGGCCGCAGGCGCAGUGCAGAGGUAGUUCGCCGCUGGUUCUGGUCUCGGCUGUUCCCGCCGGCGGGUCGUCGCUCUUCCUCCCUUCCCCCAAACACGGCUCCGCCUUGUCUUCCUUCUGCGAAUUGCGCCAUCCAGUGCCUUUCUCACUGGUCAAUCCGUUUCGCGCUCAGUUUGUGAUGAUUUUUUUGACUGAAGGACCUAAUUUUCUUGUGGAGAAAAAUUAAGGAAACUAAAGAACAAUCCACUCAAAGUAUUCAUUACAGAGUAUGAAGAAGAACUGGCAGCAAAGGAUUAAGGACAUUGAAACUUUGGCAAGCAGUUAUCAGAAAAACCCCAUCAGGCAGACUUACAGACCAAAACUUUCAAAACCAUGGCAACCAUCAUCAGUUUGGAAGUUGUUUCAUCGCCAGCAUCAAGCUUUUAAUUUUGUCAAGAGUUGUAAGGCGGAUGUUCAUGUGUUUGCUUUGGAGAAUGAAAAUGAGAAGAAAGAUGCUGGACAUGGUCAGCGAAUUUACCUUGUCACAACAUACACUGAGCUGUGGUUUUAUUAUCAGAAAUAUCGGAAGUCAUUAAUGCAUUGCUAUGAAAUAAUUCCAGAAGGAUCUGUCUGCCAUUUGUAUUUUGACUUGGAAUUCAUUAAACAAGCAAAUUCAGAAUGUGAUGGGAAGCAAAUUGUGUCAAAGUUAAUCCAGUAUGUUUGUCAAAAGUUGGAAGAAAUAUACAAGGUAAACUGUUCAGUGAAAGACGUUUUGAACUUGGACUCCAGUACACAUCAAAAAUUUAGUCGACAUCUAAUAUUUCAUCUUUCUAAUGCAGCCUUUAAGAACAACGUGCAUGUUGGAAAUUUUAUAAGAACAAUUUUGCAGCCAGUGAUUAGACUGUUGGAAAAAAGAUGUGGAAAAACUGACCAAGAUGCUGGUGGUAAUGUAUUGCUAUCAAAUCACACCUUUAUUCAAGUCACUCAAGACGGGAGGAAGGAUUUUAGUGUCAAUGGUUCUGAAAACUCCCCCUCAAAAAGGAUGAGGCCUGCAUUGUUGGAAAAAUCAGAGGAGAGCAAUAUGGACCCAGAUUUGUCAUUUCUAAUUGUCAAGGAUAUAUGCGGAAGGGACCAACUCUUCGUGGAUUUAGGUGUGUACACAAAGAACAGAAACUUCCGAUUGUAUAAAUCAUCCAAACUGGGAAAGAAUACUUCUUUUGAAGUUGCUGAAGACAAUCAGUUUGUUCCAGAGCCUGAAAAGAAUGUUUCUAGGGAGGAGCAAUUUUUUCUCCGCUCUUUGGUCAGCAAUGUCAGAUUUUGUGACAGCAUGACAGUUCUGACUUGUGAUAGCUCAGAUACAAAGGAAACCAAAGCCUGGCACGUUCAAGACAACCCACAUCUUUCUGCUUCAGAUAUGUUUGGUUACCAUUGUUCACCGUACCCAGAGAUUGACAAUUUUAUCACUCAUCAAGUAAACAAAGGAGGAAUACAAGGUGCCUUGCGUCGAUGGAAUUACUUCUCUUCCGAAGAAUUGAUUGUAUAUGACAUCAGCAAAAACCACUGGUGUGACAACAUUGGAAGAGCUCAUAAAAGCAACCACAUUAUGAUUGUGGUUGACUUGAAGAAAGGAAUCUGGUACCAGAAAUGUUACGAUCCUGUUUGCCAAACUCAGAAAUUCAGAUCUGAAAGUCACCAAAUACCCCAGGAAUGCUGUUUGGAUUUUCUCGUUGAUAUGGAUAACGAGUUUGUUUUUACCAUGGAUGAAGAUGGGAACAUCGAAGCAAGUCAAAGUAGUGUACAUCCAUCAGGGACUAACUUGCAUCUUGGUGAAAUGUGGGAAUCUGGGCCACAACAUUCUGCCUUUGCGGAAAAUCUAGAUACAGCAUUUAUUGAUGAUGUUGAUGACGAUGCAAUGUUAUUAGAAGCUGUUGAAGACUCUGAACUUAAUAUUGAGCCUGAAGUACUGUCUGACAAUGACUUACUGGCAGCUGUGAAUGAACUCGAGGCAUCUGCAGGCAUAGGUACAAAAUAGAUGCUGCAAACAUUCUAGGCUAUAAAGCAAAAGUUGUUGAUAAACCCCUUUCUAUUUUAUACAAAUUGGUCAGAAUCUGUCUUCAGGAAUUCCCGAGUUUAGUUCUCAGGAAAUACUACAGCUCCUUUGUCUUGCUGUUUACAGUGCUCAGAAUUUUUAUUUUCUUAGCCUAUCAAAGAAAGAAAUAAUGCUCGACAUUUUAUGACCUGCACAUUAGUGUAAAAAUCAAUAUCUAUGUAAAACAUUUUGUUAAAAAGUACAUUUAAAUAUAUAGAACCUUUAUUUUGAUGGACAAGUGCAUACAUUUUUACUUUGUCUUAUUUGACUCUUCAAAGCAAAUUUAUAAUACAUGAAAAGUUA